UGUGGCUGGUUCCGCAUUUAUGCAUUUAUACCAGUAUUUUUUAUUAAAUAAGGAUGUAUAGAGUUAAAUAAUAAUUAUUAAAUACUAACAAAAAUAUUUUCAAUUAACAGGAGCAACCAAUAAUGAUUAAGAUCCAAUAUUCCAUCGUUGUAUUGAGCGCCAGUGUGGAACUUUUUAUGUGUGCUUUGCCAGCUGAUAAUUUAAUGCAUAUGAGUAACAAAAUUUGUCUGGGGGCUUACGAGUCGCAGUGGUUUCAAGGAAGCGUGAACAUGCAGAAAAAAAUCAUUCAAAUUAUAUUCAGAUCGCAGAAAUCUGAAGUUAUUCGCAUUAAUGGUAUUCUUCCAGCCUUGUCGUUACGUUACUACGCAGGGGUAAGGAUAAUGCCUUAGAUACUUUUAUAGACUACAUUUAUAUGUCGUCUUUAAUCAAGUUUAAUAACAUCUGUAGUUAUAAAACUGGCCAAUCACAACUUUUCCUCAGAAAGAAGGAAUGACUGUGAUUGGUCAGCUCCUUAACUACGGAUGUUAUUAAACCCGAUUAAGGAUUCCGUGUAACAGCACUCGUAGAUACUAUAGUCAUAUUCAAUUGUAACUAUAGCAGAAAGAAACCUGAGAGCGGUUACGCCGUAGGCUUUACUUGGGACCGAUUUUGAUGCUGGCAGUGCCACCAAAAGUGGAGUGGUGUAAGAACUACGGAGUCACAUCCACUUAUCGACGCAGUGGAUAAAUAUCACUUUUUGGUGCGUGUCCGUGCUACAUCCACUUUUCGAUAUUGUUUUAACAUCUAUAAAUUGUGGAUAUAGCACAGACAUACGCCAAAAAAUGAUUUAUUGGCAGUGUUGAAAUGUGGAUGUAGCACGGACAUGCACCAAAAAGUAAUUUAUUGACAAUGUCGAAAAGUGGAUGUAGCAGAGACACGCACCAAACAAGUGAUAUUUAUCGACUGUGUCGAGAAGUGAAUGUGUCUCUGUAGUUCUCACAUCCACUGCAGCCAACUCUGUCACACGAUUACUAAAUUUACUAGAAUGUCGAUGUGCUAUAUAUGUGUUACUCACACAUAGUAAAAAAUGACAAGGACGACAAGACAAGAAAUUGCCCGUCCUCGUCUAAUAAUUUGCAGUGCCAUCUACCGCAAUAUCCGUUAACUAAAUUAGCCAUGUUUUCACUCUAUUUCACUGAAAUCCGAGGAACAUACGGAUCAUAAGUUUUAGUCUGGCCAAAUUUUUUAUUGGUAUUAUGAAAUUAAAAGAGCUUAAUACAGGUUAAAGUACACAUUCAUAGGUAGGAGGGGUUGAGAAAUUUUGUCCACCAAAGUUGCGAAACAGUUAUACGAAGCAAUUCUAACCGCUACAUUGAUUUGGUUCUCUAGGUAAAUAAAUAUAAUUUAUUCCCACAUAGCACUGACGUAACAAGGAUAUCCUUAUGAAGUUACAGAUAUCUCAGAGAUAUCUGAGAGAUAUCUUUAUACAAAUGUCUCAGAGAUAUCGUAGCAAAUAUCUCAAAGAUAUUUGAGAGACAUCUUUAUGUAAUAUCAUACACAGAUCUCUCAAAGAUAUCUGAGAGACAUCUAUAUGUAAUAUCAUAUAUAGAUGUCUCUCGGACAUUUAUCCUGAACAUGUAUUUUCAGAAUAGUAUAGUACAGUACUAGUACCACUCACUGCCGCGACGUGGCGACAGCGCGUUAGCCUUUCUCGUAAGGAAAGAUCAUCCCGUAUUAGUAUAAGAGGCGAGCCGAUAUGACUCGAGAGCAGGUUGUCUCUAUCAUGGAUAAAACUUCAAUGACCUAAAUAUACUUUUGAUGAUUUAAUAAUUUAACACAAUUUAAAAAUUAGUUUUAAAAAAUUAAGAUUUUUUAAUAGGUAACCUGCUGAUAUUUUACUACCCCGCUAUUACCCAAAUAGCACAAGUCCGUCCUGGACGUCCUUGUGCUACUCGUAUUUGGGAUAUCUUUUUAGAAUAAAACGAUAUCGCAAGGACGUCUCUGUUACGUCCCAUUGCAUGUUACGUCACAUUAACAUUAUUUUGGGACAUCACAAAGAUGUCUCUUAGAUAUUAACUUGAGAUGUGAUAAAAGGCGGACAUUUGGAUAUUCCCGUGAUAUCACACUGAUGUAAUUUGGAUUUUUAAAAAAAGGUAAAAAAAGCACCAAGUCUAAGCUCCAA